AUGGCGUUAAAGGUGCUGUACGCCAUACUUGCACUGCUUAGGGUGAUCAGUGUGAUUGUAGUACCACAGUAUGGCUACAUCCAUCCCGACGAGUUCCACCAGGGCCCGGAGGUGAUGGGCGGAGUGGUCUUGG